CCUUGUUCUGCUGUCACUGGAGGGCAGCACAGCCCUGCUUUCUGGCCCCCACCAGGCUGCCAUGCAUGGGUAGGUCUCACAGGGCCCGGUAGGCCUCAGGCUGAAGGAUAAGGCCUGGCAGCCAUCUUCUCACCCACAGCCAGGCCCCGCCAUCCUGGCCCUGCUACCCGGCUGCCCUCCCUCCCUGGAAGGGAGCACAAGCAGCAGCCCAGGCCUGAGCCGAUUAGCCUUAUUAAUAGAAAUUAAACCCUGGCUGUGUGCGCUGCCAAGACCUGCGGGCCCCGCAUGUGCCUCCUUCCCCACUGAUGGGGCACAAGGACUAAGAGGCUUGGGAGGAUUAACAUGUGGGCCCCAAAACCCUGGCCCCACAGCCUGCAGGGGAAUGGGCUUCCCCACGUGUGGUUGGGAACCAUGGUGGCAAUUGAAUAGCAGCCAUGCAGGGGGUUUGUUUUGGGGUGGCUGCUGAGGGUGGAAUGGAUGUCCUAGCAGCAAAUCCAGCCAUGAGGAUGGCAAUCCCUCAGCUAUUCCACCUGGUCUUCACUCUCUGCUGGGCAUGCCCCCCUUGGCUUUGCCUUAACCCAGGAGCAUGGAGGAGGCAGCGGGCACUUGGGGAGAUUGUGUAAAACAGCUCCAUCCUGUGUUCUGCCCCUCACUGGAACAUGGAUCUCUGCUAUGUUCUUCCCCUGCACCCGGUCUCCUGCUCAGCCCAUUACAGGCGGUCCUCUUCUUCCUCCUUUGCCCCCUCCCAACCUGCCCAGUUCUGCCGGGAGAGCAGUGAGGAGCCCCGUGGCAGGCCAUGGGAUUACUGUGGGAUUCGGGCCGCGGCACGCAGCCUCCUCCUCCCUAUUGGCUGGAAAAGCCUCUUAAAAGUGGAGAAGUGCGUUCUGCGCUCUCAGCACCUGCCGGUCUUCGUCAACCUGAAGCCAUAAUCAGCCACUGACCCACAUCCACACUGCCUGCAUCCACCCAGAGGAGGCAAGGGGGUCCCCUGUGUGGGGCAUCCCCUCUGCGGGGGGUUUUGCAGAGGGUGGCAUUGGAGCUGGAGGAAAGUAGGCUGAGAGAAGGAUUAGCUCUGCAGUGAGGACGUGGCUGCCCUGAAGAAAGCAGCAGGGCACAAGAGGCUGCUCAAAAGGCACCAGGGUUCUGCCGCUGUCACCCUGUGCCCACCAUGAAGCAAAGAACCUGUGGGGCCAUCUGACCGGGCACACGCACCCAGAGCAACGGAGUACCAGCUGGACUGAUCUGCUUGGUCUCUGGGGUCUUUGGCGCUCAUCGCUUCAUUGCAGAGAAUCUGCAGAUCUCUUGCUGUCUCCCUGUGUCACCCCACCUCCCGGCCUGCCUUUCCCCACCCAGGCUAGACAAUGGGGAGAGCUGACCCAGAGGAAGGGCAGCUCCCAGCUCCUGUGAAGCCCCCAGAUGGCGGCUGGGGCUGGAUCGUGCUCUUUGGCUGCUUUGUGAUCACCGGUUUCUCCUAUGCCUUCCCAAAAGCUGUCAGUGUCUACUUCAAGGAGCUCAUGAAAGAUUUCCAUGUGGGCUACAGUGACACGGCCUGGAUCUCCUCUAUCAUGCUGGCCAUGCUCUAUGGAACAGGACCAGUAUGUAGCAUCAUGGUGAACCAGUUUGGCUGCCGGCCUGUGAUGCUCAUUGGAGGGCUGCUAGCUUCCUCUGGGAUGAUUCUGGCAUCUUUUACCACCAACAUCAUUGAGCUUUAUUUGACAGCUGGUGUGCUGACAGGUCUGGGUAUGGCACUGAACUUCCAGCCCUCACUGAUCAUGCUGGGCACCUACUUUGACAAACGUCGACCUCUUGCCAAUGGACUGGCUGCUGCCGGGAGCCCUGUCUUCCUUUCUUCCCUUUCUCCACUGGGGCAAGUGCUGCUGGAGAAGUUUGGUUGGCGAGGAGGGUUCCUCAUCAUGGGGGGCCUUCUGCUCAACUGCUGCACUUGUGGGGCAGUCAUGAGACCCCUGGAUGCGGGAAUGAAGCGGAAAAUGGAGAAAGCUCGGGACAAAUAUGAAGCCAAGGAGAUGCUGCCCAUGGGAGGCAAGUCAGAGGAAGGCAUCAGCACCACUGAUGGAACCAAGAAAGCCAAGAAAGCCAAAAAGAAGCCUAAGAAAGGAAAGAAGCUGUUGGAUUUUAGCAUCUUUUCCAACCGAGGCUUCAUCAUUUACACUAUCUCAAAGUUCAUCCUGGUCUUGGGUCUCUUCGUGCCCCCCAUCUUGUUGGUCAACUACGCCAAGGACACAGGAGUACCAGACACAGAGGCUGCAUUCUUGCUCUCCAUCAUUGGUUUCAUUGACAUCUUUGCCCGGCCAGCAUGUGGCAUGGUGGCAGGUUUGAAGUGGGUGCGUCCCCACGUGGCAUACCUGUUCAGCUUCGCUAUGCUCUUCAAUGGCUUGACAGACAUCUGCAGUGCCAGGGCAAGCAAUUACACGGGGCUGGUCAUCUUCUGUGUCUUUUUUGGCAUUUCUUACGGCAUGGUAGGGGCUCUGCAGUUCGAGGUGCUCAUGGCCAUCGUUGGCUCCCAGAAGUUCUCCAGUGCCAUCGGGCUGGUCCUACUUAUCGAGGCUUUUGCUGUGCUCAUUGGCCCACCCUCUGCAGGCCGCUUGGUUGAUGCUCUCAAGAACUACGAGGUGAUCUUCUACUUGGCAGGCUCGGAGGUGGCGCUCUCCGCUCUCUUCCUGGCCAUGGCCACCUACUGCUGCCUGAACCGAGGGAAGAAGACGCCUCCCCCAGAGAAAAACCCUUCAGCAGGUGGUGGGAGCGACACUGAAGAAGCCGAUUCUGAUGUGCAGGAAGCCGAGGAGCACAGCAGUGAUAACCACCAGCCAGCACAUGGCACCGACAAGGCCAUGGUGGCAGCCAAUGAGGAGACCAACCACGUGGAGGAUGAGCAGAGUGGGGAGGGAGGCAGGUGUCCUGAGGUGGAUGGGGAGGUGUCGGCACGAGCCGGCUGCAAUGCUGACCAGACAGUGGAGAGGGACAGUUUUUAGCUGGGGAAGAGGAAUGAGGAUGUACAUAACUGGCCUGGUUUGUGUGUAACUCGGUGUGGGAGUGUAGAUGAGAUGUGGACUGGAAAAAAAUAAGACAAAAGCAAAUGUAAAAGAUAAAAGGGCGAAAGUCUAAGAAUAGCUGGUCCUCAUGUACAUAUGUUCACAUACCUGCACAGAGAUAUGUCUACUUGCAUCCUGCACCCAAUGCAGGCUCAGUGCAGCCCAACCACCAGAAUCUUCUCCCCCUACCUCCAAACCAGCCCUGGAAAAUAUAUUUUGAAGAGGCUGCAAAGGACUCCCCAUUUCUUUCUGCAUUGUCACAGUACAGAACACAAUUAGAGACUCUUUGUAAUCAGCUCUGGUAUGCUCUGGUCUGGUGUCAGUGUUUCGUCUAUUCCACUCCCAGAGUCAGGAUAGCACAGCCCUGAAUGGCACAGCUCAUGGAAGGACCAAGGGCAGCUGCUGUACUUGGGCUGGGUUUGCCUUGCCCUUGGGACACACAAACCAGGGGCUAUCAUGGAAGCAGGCAUGCCAAGCAACCUGGAGUAGGUUUAGGAGAUGCUCAUAGCUAUCACUGGGUCAUGUCCUGCUGCUGCCAACAUGGGAGUAAAUUCUGCAUCACCCUCAGUACCCUGCUGAGUGCACCCUCAGGGCACUGCUGAACCAGUGGGAGCAUUGGCUGUGACCACCUCCCUCUGGAGCACCUUCAGUGGGCUGUAAAGCUGGGGCACUGGCACAUGAUGGCUCUUCCAAGCUGCUGCCAAAGUGCAAGAAGGCAGCACCUCGGAAGGGCUAAUGCCCCUAAGUGGGCUGCAGCACAGAGCCUUGCUGCCAGGAAUAGCAGUGCCAGCUGGGGGUGGGAUUCUCAGUGCAGGUAAACACCCCUGUCCCAAGCGAUUAUCCACUCAGCAGGAACGGCACAAGAUGCGCCCGUGUGUUUUCUUUUUAAAUAGAGAAAGGCCUCUUACAUAAAGGAAUCAAAGGUAAGGCAGAAGGACAAGCUGUGGCCCCUUGGGUGCUACCAAUGAGGGUGGUGGGGCACGUGGCCAGCCAGGCGUGACCUCCUCCCCCUGCCCACAGUGGUGGAUUUCUGCAUUCAGAAAGGACAACCUUCCCUGGCAUGCUUAAACCACUCUUAAUCUGCUUUGGGACUGGAUCUUUUAUAAACACCCCUGGCCAAAGCCCUUUCUUCCGGUUAGCCCCGGAGGAACCUCUUACUGCGUGGAGGGAUCAAGACCUAAGCAGAACUGGUCUGCAAGGAAGGCAACCUUCAGACAAGGUGGUUGUUCCAGACAGGACUGACUGUGAAUUGACAAGUAAUGGGUGAAGCCAGUAAAACUCAAAGAGCCGUUUAAACCCAGCUGGGGCAUAGGAACGCGAUGGAAAGAGUUUCUUGGGUAUAUCUAGCACGAAUAAACCAUAAUUGAUGGGCAAACUACAGUUGCUGGAUGAGUGCCAGCUUAAGAACAUGAGUAAUAAGAGUUAUAACAGAAACUGGAAGGCAAACACAAACCCAAAUAGGGCUGUGCUUGGUUCUACCAUGGCUAAUAGCGCUGUCAUUAGUUCUAACUGUGAGCCCGUCACAUCAGUGACUUCAGGUUUUGUUUUUUUCCUCUUCAAGCCCCCUUAGAAACCUCAUAAAUCAGACCAAGCACCACAAGAAAUGCUGCAUGCACAGCCCUGGGAGAACACGCAGCAGCAGCAAGAGCAACUGGAGCCCUGUGGGCAUUCAGCCACUGCUCUGCAAACUUGUUCUUCCCACAAAAGGUAAGAGCACUGUUUCUGCUCUCAGCAAACAAGUUGAAGUUGCUCCACAGCAACCUGUCCCCAAGAUCCUGGUCUUCCUUACCCACCAGUGCCCCCUUCUAGAAGCAGCCCACAGCUUCCCAGAGGUCCGAAAUCCACAGCCUGAAAACAAUCACCCUUGUCAGCAGCAGGCAGGUCCCUAAAACAACGUCUCCUCUGUUUCCCUGUCACCACUUCACAUUUCCCACUAAGCCUCCUCCUCUUAAAUCUUUUCACAGAGGCAAAUAACAGCCCUUGGGCUACAAGGUCUUGCUAUAGACUGUGCUGUGAGAUACCCAGGCCUCUUCCUGCCCACUCUCUUCUCUGUGAUGGCAACCACCACUGUUGGGUACUUGCCAGAGGACCUCAGGGGAUCGUUUCGUGCCAAAAAUCAGUCUCCUGCAGCCUCUGGUUCUGGCUCAGGCUUUAAUACAUCCACUGCUCAAUGCACACUAGCUUGUGCUGUUACCUCUAUGCCACAAAGAAGAUCCUUUACUGCAGCACUUGCUUUUGUUUGGGGUCUUAUUCAAGCAAGGAUAACCAUACUCACCUUAAGGGAUGCUGCUGAGGCAGAAAUGGGUGCCAUACUUCUUCUGUACCACUCUCCAGAAGGCUGCUGCUGUUUGCUUGUAAACAGGUUGCAAAAUAAGGCUGUUGGGCUACACUGUCCUCCUAUUCCACACUGUUGACUUUCAGGCAGGUUCCACCGAAGCCUUUUCUGUUCCUCUGAACUACUCCACAUUCUGGGACAACAGAAAGGAUGAGGGAUUUGAGCAUCAAUUUACUUCUUGUGCAAUCGUUGAGCUGUAUGGCAAAGCUGGUCCUGAGGCAGCAUAACAACAGGCUGGUGUAUCCUUGGAAGCUAAGAUGCAGAGUAGCUUGGUACUGCAUGGAGAAAUGGCCUUGCUACAGCAUCUGUACUGAUCUUCAGGAAACCUGAGCCAUAGCAACCAUAGCAUCCUGGCAUAGAGACAUCUGUGAGUAUAAGUGAGGAAAAGCUGACCGGCAUAAGCAAACACAUCACUAAAGCAAAGCCAGGAACAACAGGAAACAAAACUAUCACACUUUUCUUUAUUACACACAACAGUACACUUAAGAGUCCAUUUCCAUCUUCCAGAGCAGCUUGCCCAUGGAUGACUUCGUUCCACGCACCCACGGGAAUAAUAAGUCUCCAAUAAAAUAAAAUAAAAUGAAAUAAAA